AUGCCUGUCCUUUUGGCCAAUAACCGAAUACUAUCAGAAUUGAACGUUGUCCACCAAACAUGCAUCAAGGUCCGGGGUCAUUGGGGUAUCGCGGAGAAGUUCCCGAUUACUCCGGAUCGAUUUCUCCGCUCCGGACUCUCCGCAGUUCACACUUCUCUCUUGUACACAACCCCGAGCUUGAUCAUGGCCUCGAGAUUAGCUGCAUGUGAAGCCUGCAGAAAGGCAAAGGUUGCCUGCGAUCAUAAGAGACCAGCAUGUUCUCGUUGUGAGAGUAAUGAAAGAGCGGGGAUUUGCAUCUAUCGAACCACGCCGUUCAAAAGAAAAAGAGUCGAAGAGUCACCUUUGUCGGCCCAGCAGUCGCCGAGUCGGCUAUCACCGGCCCAGUCUUCUUCAUCCUACACACCGAGGGCCAAUCCAUAUCCAAAUCCUGGAUUUAUGGGAUCUUCUAGCCAUGUCGCAAUUUUCAAUCAAAUCUUCCCACAAGAUAAUCAUCCCUCUGAGACGUACCGUGCGUCUGGGCCAGAUGUGGCAAUGUUGAUGCAAUCGCAGUCUGCUGGUGAGAACCUGCUACUGAUCCAAGGCGCAGAUGUGCUCAGGCAACUUCUUAACACCUUCCCUUUGGCUGCAAUGAAGGAAUUUGUCUUGUUCUGGCUUGCAACAGGAACAAAUCUAGCACUUGCAGAGCCUUUCACCGAGAAGUGCACUGAAAAUAUGACCCGGUUGUUCACGACUUUCUCGCAGGAAGAUAAUUGGCACUUGGCGUAUGCACAACGUCUGACAGAAAACUCCCGCAAGCCAUUGAGCUUUUAUGGCAUAUCCGAUAUUUCAGAGUUCUCUGCUCAGUUUCUUGAUCAGAAAUUCAGAUGGGAGAGUCUCGGCAUCUUUCUUACUGCUGUCAGUCGGGCUACGAUUGACAUAUCUUUCUUUCCGCCAUUAUUCAAAACGGAGAAUGACCAAUUCGCGCUUAGAAAGCUGGCUACAAGACUUAGCGAUCUGGCCUUGGAUAUUGCCCUUUCGUUGGAUUGCUUGAAUGAUCUACAGAUCGUUUUACAGUAUGAAAACUUCAUUAUGCACACUCAUGUUGAUGGUGAUCAAAGUUACCAUUCAUGGAGUCGACUUGGAGAUGUAAUAUCCUCCAUGUUUGCCAUUGGCUACCACGAGGAUGUCGAAAAGACCAAACCACCCAUUCCAAUCUUCCUAGCAGAACUUCGAAAGACGGCUUGGGCCACAAUGUACUCAGCAGACAAAAACAUCGCUUUAUUCCUUGGUCGGCCGCCUCGAAUGAGCAAACGCUUCUGUCAUUUCCAGUUGCCCUCGACGCCGAAAGGCUCGGAGCGAAUUGGAAAUCCUCGGCACAUUCAGGGUGAAAGUCCUACAUCGGAACUAGGCACUCCAGUCAGUUAUAGGGCAGGAAUUCGAUGGGCAACUAUAUGUGCCGCCUUGAAAGAAGAUAUUAUGGAAUUACUCCGCGAUAAGCAGCGUGAAGAUUUCAACUCAAAAACAAGUCUUAUUCAGACGAAGGCAGAAGCGGAGUGGGAUAAUCUUCCUGCCAAUUUUCGACUCAAGUCCAGCUUGAAAGAGUGCUCGCGAUAUGCAUUCGAGCGUGAUUUCCUAGCUGGCCUACGACUCGACUACCUUCACACCCUUUUUUUGCUGAGAUUGCUGUUCCAUGAUACCCUAGCAAGGCCAGAUCCUGCCAUCCUCGAUGUGUCAGACCAAAUGCUUGCCCUCGUCGUUGAAGUAAUCCUUUUACGAGACCAACUUGUCAAUUCUGGAACAGGGCUUAUUUGGAAGAUCGCCCACUUCGGACUCCCAGCAGCAGGCAUAAUCCUGCUUUCGAUGCUGAAACAAACUUCUACAAUCAAUGAGAUCCGCUCAACAUGGUCUAAAACCUUGCUCAAUCUCGGUAUUUUUGUUGCACAAGUUCAAGUUGGCAGCAUUGUUCGACCUAGUGAUCCAAAUUAUGCAUUAAUAUCCAAGGCAACGCAAACCAUAGAGCGCUUCCUUGAUUCAAUGCAGCGAGAAGGAAUACAAAGCUCCACCCAGCCAAUUACCCAGACGGAACAAAAUGGUGACUGGGCUGCAUUUUUCAGCCAGGAUCUGUGUGACUUUGAGACUGACUUUUGGGAAAAUCUUGCGGAUCAUCCAUCUUUGUUAGCCCUAGAUCCAACUUUGCCCUCUAUCUAG